GCCAGUUUUGUCCAAGCCCAAAACCCAUUAAAACUAUCCGCCUACUCCUCCAUCUCAUCUCCCUUCCAUUCUCUCGGUUGUUCUUCAUUAUUCUUUAUCCUUUCAUUCUUUCUUUUUCAUUCUUCUUCAAUUCAUAUCCUAUCUUCGUCGCCGUCAUUUGCAGAUCCUUUGAUUACCAUGGAUAGAAGUAGCUAUGGAAUGGGCAUUAUACUGGAAUUACGUAUUGCUCUUUUCUGCUUUUGAAAUGGCCUUUGAAAUGGCGUAUCAUGAGAUGGGCGAGGAACAGCUCAAAAAAUUACUAUUAGGUACCUUAGAUUUUGUGGUAAAGACUGUGCAAGCUCUUGUUGGGUUUGAAAAGACGAGUAAACACCUUGAUGAUCAUCUCGUGGACAUUAGCUCAAAGGGGAUCACCAAGCCAAAAGAGGUCAAAAAGUACAAGGGGGAAGGCAUGCCACUUCAUUUUAGCAACAAGAAGGGUGAUCUAUAUGUCACUUUUGAGGUUCUCUUCCCCAAAUCAUUGACGCCGGACCAGAAGACUAAAAUCAAGGACAUUCUCGGUUAGGAGCAUGCCCACAUCAAUUCCUUUUUCUCCCCUUUCAUUUUUGUGUUUGUCGAAAGCCCCGCCUAAACGAAUCUCCUCCACCGUGGAAGAAAACAGCCGCAGCAUAAUUUGGUCCGAAUUCCAUUUCUACUAGUCAGAAGUCCAUCAAUUUUCGUGGCUCUCGUCAUUAUAUACAUUGUUUUACAUUUUUUUUUUGUCAGAACAAAUAUUAACUAGCCAGGAUAGAGACGGGUUUCUUGCCCGCAUAAGUGUUAUGACGUGAGGGUCCUUUGAUGCUUACUACUACAUCUUGUACCAAAAGCAUAAUUGUUA